AUGCACUUGGUGAAUACAUUAGCAGUAUCAUUUGCAAUUCUUGCACAGGUGGUCUUGGGUGAGAAAGCUAGAGCCUAUGAGCACUAUGGUAUUGGCAAACAAGCACUUUAUGCCUGCCAAGCCCAAGUUACGACAGCUGCAACUUUUGCCAAACCAGUUGGUUUUCGCGACCGUAGCGCAAUUUGUACCACUUGGGCUGGUCGUGCAACAAUGGCAGGAUGUUAUCACCUUGCUGACAGGUUUGAUGAGUCGACAAUGGAGCCUUAUAUCGAAAACUGCCUUUUGUAUAAUGUAACUUUGACUUAUCAAGACAUGGAACAAGCUUAUGAAAAUUACACCAAAUAUGCAAAAGACACAACCAAAAUCGAAGGUUACAACAGUACCAAUGUGAUUGACUACCCUGUGAUUCUCAAUAGUACUUUGGUUCACAUGUACAAGGUUGGGUACAAGAAUUUCUUGGGAAAUUAUGACGACUCCUUGUACUAUGGAACUGGUAUGAUCAGUUUUUGGGCAUUAGUAUUCUUACUUGCAGCUGUCACAAAUUGGAGUAAAGAAUUAUUCCCUUCAAUGACAAAAUUCUUUGUUGGUCCAAUUUCCAACGCUUGGAGAAAAUAUAUCACCAUUCCAGCACUUGGAAGAAGAAAGAAAACCAACGAGCAAAAAUUCCUAAAGGCAUUCGAUUUUAUAGUUCCAUCGAGAAUGGAAACUCUCAUCAUUCUUGCGUUCUUGUUGAUCACUGGUCUCUGCAAUGGGUUGGGGAUCCACUACCAAGACGGCGAUCCAAUCUUUGAAAGUAGAAGAAUGGCUCUUUUGCGGUAUACAGCUGACCGGACUGGGAUCACCACUGGCUUUAUCAUGCCUCUUUUGAUUUUGUUUGCUGGACGCAAUAACUUUUUGCAGUGGCUCACAAAAUGGAAUUAUGCCACUUUUAUAACUUACCACAGAUGGGUUUCUCGAGUGGCUGUGAUCUUGGUCAUUGUCCAUUCGUGUGCUUUUUCAGUGACAUUUGGCGCCUAUUAUAAGGAGGAUAUGAAGGAGAAUUAUCUCAUUCAUGGAGCAUUGGCUACCACUGCCGGUGGUGUUAUUUUAUUCCAAGGUAUGCUCUUCUUGAGAAGAAGAUGGUAUGAAAUCUUCUUACUUUUGCACAUUGCCUUAGCAGGUAUGUUCGUUGGUGGAGCUUGGGUCCAUGUCAAGGAAUUGGGAUACGUUUACUGGUACUAUGCCGCAGCCGCUGUAUGGUGCUUUGACAGAGCCGUUCGUAUUGGGCGGUUAGUCGUUUUUGGCUGUCCAAAAUCCGAUGUGAUUUUGUUAGCCGAUGAAACCCUCAAGGUGAUUGUUCCAAGACCCAAGUAUUGGAAACCUAUUCCUGGAGGACAUGCAUUUGUUCAUUUCAUGAGACCUUCAUGUUUCUGGCAAUCACAUCCAUUCACUUUCACCGAAAAUUGUGAGAACAAGGACUCCAUUGUAUUGUACUGCAAGGUCAAGGGUGGUGUUACCCACGGCUUGUACCAAUACUUGGCUACCCAUCCUGGAAAAACAACCAAAAUUCGUGUUGCAAUUGAGGGACCAUAUGGAGAAUCCACUCCUGCCAAGAGAUACGAUUCCGCUGUGUUCAUUACUGGAGGUAACGGUAUUCCUGGUAUCUACUCCGAAGUUUAUGAUUUGAGCAGAAGGUCCAGAGACAACUCCAAACAGAGCUUAAAGUUGAUGUGGGUUGUUCGCGAGUACCGUUCUUUGUACUGGUUUUAUGAAGAGCUUCUUGCGUUGAAACAAACCAAGAUUGACACCACCAUCUAUAUCACAAAGCCAGACUCACAUGCCAACCUUGAAGAUUUCAACAAUAGGGUACCAUUAGUUCGUGAUCUGAUUGACCUUGUACAAACUCCAGAGGAGCUGUCGAACGAUGAAAAAGGAAGCAUGAAGGAGAAGAUUUUAGCGGAUUAUGACAGUAACGAGGAAAGUGACUGCAAGAAAAGAAUCAUCCGCACCAUCAAAGCCGAGUUAUCACAUAUAACCUUCAAAGAAGGAAGGCCAGAUAUGGAACAAAUCGUCAAGGAAGAAGUUGCCGAGUCGUUGGGCUCUACUGCCUUUAUCACCUGUGGCCAUCCUGUUAUGGUGGAUGACUUGCGUUAUGCUGUUUCUCAGAAUCUCGAUAACGGCGGAAAGAGAGUGGACUUCUUUGAACAGUUGCAAGUGUGGGCGUAG